GAGCGCGUGGCAGCGCUGGACUGGUGCAGCUGCUGCUAUGUGAUUAUUAUAAGCGCUCGUAACGUGUGUGGUGAUGAUCGCGUUAACGCGGAGACUGGAGAUGUGAGGAGUGCAUGAGCAGAGAGCCGGACUGGUUUACUGUUACUGUGCCGCGGGGAAGGUAUUUUGGUGCGUGUGUGUCGCCCCCUGGUGGUCAUGCAGGGUGUCGGUGGUGUUCUGCUGAUGGCUGUGAUCGGCGCUGUGUGUUCCGCGGACUCGGACACGCACACAGGCCGACAGAGACACGACAGCAACCUGGAGAUCUAUAAGCGUCUGUUCGAGGUGAAGCGGAAGGAUCAGCUGAACGCUCUGAGGAACCUGGUGGAUCUGAAAGACGUCAAUCAGCAGUACAAGAUCAUCGACAUCAUGCUCAAGGGUCUCUUCAAGGUCCUGGAAGAAUCCCGAGCCGUUCUCAAAGCCGCCAACCUGCGGCCAGAGGAUCCGUUCCCUCAGGAUGACAAGAUCAAAGAGGCGUACUCUCACGUGCUGGAGAACACGGCGUUUUUCGGUGACGUGGCGCUCCGGUUCCCCCGGAUUGUUCACCAUUACUACGAUGGGAACGCGGAGUGGGCGGAGACUCUUCGCUGGGGGCUGAGCUUCUGUAACCAGAGCGGCGUGUUUACUGGAGCCACUCACCAACACGUCCUCACACUGAUGUCUCAGGAACUGGGGAUCACAGAUAAAUCUCCAGACUUCAUCAACCCGUAUCGUACAGAGAAAGAUGAUGUCCUGCAGACGGCGGAGGCCUUCCAGACGCUUCUGCGUGAGGAACAGAAGCGCAGGAGGAAGGAGGACAAGAGGAAAGAGAUGAGGAAAGGACCUCGUAUUUCACGCUCUCGCUCCGAGCUCUAGCGCCACCUGCUGGAGUCGCACUCGCGUCGAGAGAGAGAGAGAGACGCAGAACAUGAGAGGGAAACGGCAGGACGGAUUAAACAGAGCAGGAUUUACUGUAUCACCUUUAUUAUGAGUUUGAAUUUGGGUUGAAUUUUAUUUACUGUUUAACAGCCGUAUAAAGAAAAUAAUCACUCUUUAUUAAAUUACAUCAAUAUU